AUGGCCUCCAACUAUCCUCGCGCACACGACCCUUGUGAACUCCAGGAGAGCUCCAGCUCUGAGGACGGUAACUUCAGCGAUACGGACGAGUCAUCCUGCAGUGAGGCUGAGCCGCGCCGCAGUAGGGCAUCUUGUUUUUCUGCCUCUCGCAGACAGCUUUGUCAGUAUUAUAACAAGGGACACUGCAAGUACGGGCCCAAGUGCCGCAACCUGCACGUCUGCAAGUACUUCCUCGUGGGCGAGUGUCGCUACGGCUCCAGCUGCAGGCUGAGACACGCCGCAGAAUCUGGGUCCGAGGCCUCCGCGGACGAGAGGAGGACCGGUGGCUGGAGACAGGGGAGGAGGAGAAGGAGGAGAAGGAGGAGGUCAUCCUCCAGCGAUGGGGAUUCACACUUUCAGGGACCUUACCGAUGGCAGCUCAAUGAUGGCAGCGGCUGGAUGGACGUUGCCAACGACCACAUCAUCGAGGCUCAGUACAGUAGACCAAACACCAAGGGGAUGACGCUUUACAACACCACGUAUGGGGCGAUCAGCAUCGACUUCGACAAGAUGAAGGUCCGAAAGACAGAUUCGCUGAGGAUCCGGCGCCGGAACUCGGAUAAAGUGACGUGGAUGUGGUACUACAGAGGGGACCGUGGCUGGGCCAAGUUUGGAGACGCGGAUUCCAAGGGCAAGCGCAGCCCUGUCAAGAGUGCCCACAUAGAGAAGGAGUUUCAGAAGAGCCGGACAGGCAUCUUCAGCUUCAGCAUAGACGCAACGAACUACACGAUCGCAUUCAAAGACAUGUGUCAGGAGAACCUGCUGACCGGGCACAAGAGGAAGGUGGUGCGGCGGCCAGAGUUCACAGGCUUGAUUUCCACCAUGCAGGCGCUCAGUGUGUCCUCGCAGCCCAGGACUCCCGUUUGGCAGUUCGAGGGCAGCCCAGGCAACUGGUACACCUUCAAACGCAGGCAGCAGGGCACCAACACGGAGUGCUCCGUCUGCAGCAGCGACAUGGAAGCCAAGUACCAGCAGAAUCCCACUGGAUCCAUGGAUUUCUCUGUGAGCAGCUUUCGCUACAGGCUGAACUUUUCAGAUAUGACCCAAACAAACUUGACAACCAGCACAUCUCGCCAGGUCAGAAGGAUCCUGCAAUGAGGCGCUCCCCACGAUGCAUCGCUUUAGGCACGCGGACCCGGCACCCCGUCGACGUCA